CUCCAAAACAAAACCGAUCCAGAGACAGAAAAGGAAAAGGUAGUGAAAUAAAAUUGCCACACGAUCAUUCUUGUGGGAAAGGGAAACAGCAGAAAAACGAUGGGUAGUGGGUUAAGGAACAGCAUGUGUUUGGCAUCGUUGAUGUUGGCUACUGUGUUGAUGAUGGCGAGCUCUGCAGAGGCGCAAUCUAGUGGAGGCGGUGUCCCCUCUUGCGCACAGCAGCUGAUUCCGUGUCUGGACUACCUCAACAAUUCAGCCCACCCACCCAAUUCUUGCUGCGACCCACUCAAAAACGCAGUUGCAACACAACUCUCAUGCCUCUGCAACCUUUUCAAUACCCCUGGCUUGCUUCAAAAUUUCAAUAUCAGUAUCGAUAACGCUCUCCAACUCAGUCGCAACUGCGGUGUCACCAGUGGUAUCAGCAGCUGUCAAAAGAGCAGCACAGCUCCACCUCCUACUUCAGGGGGACCGCCAGCAACACCUGGAGGUGACAAAGGAGGAGCAGGCAGAGUCUCAUUCUCCGGGCUUUCUUUCCUCCUCUUAUUUUGGGCAUCUAUGUUGUUUAAUUAGGAAGGUGGUAGGUUACCCUUCGAAGCUUCUAUUAUAUUAUUGAAGUUAUAUGUGUUUUCAUACAUUGAUUAUUCAGUAAUCUGAUCGCAUUUGCUUUUUUUUUUUUUUUUGUCCUUUGGAAACCUCUUAUUCAAUUGAGUAAAAAGUUUAUGUAUUGAGAGGACAUUGUUCUUGUCAACAUUUAGAUAGAGUUAUUCGUGGUGCUUUUGGUUGC